AUGGAAAAUGCACCAGGAACCAAUUCAACUCGGCCAAUCACCAGACAUUCAUGGGGCUCUAUACAGUUACUAAAGCAAUGGUACACUUCCAAUUCUACUUGGCCGUACCCAAGCGCAGCGGAAAAAGAGGAGCUCGGCCGUCAAAGCGGCUUGAGCGUUCGACAAGUAUCACAAUGGUUUGUGAAUACGAGACGAAGAGAUGCUGAACGGCAGUCCAGCGAAUCAUCUGACACCAACAUCAAUCCUGUAUCUUUAUCGCUGCCUGGGUCUUUCGAUGCGACACAAGAACAAGCGGACAAUGUCGAGGCAACCAAUCGCCUACGCCACUCCUCUUCAUCGGGCGCCAUCCCCCAGCUUAUAGGUCAAGACGCUUUGAUCGGGAUUGACUCUCAAGAUGAAGCGCUUCCUUCUUACCUUCGCGACUCCGAUGACGGAAGUGAUCGUCGUCGCAAUUCACGUCCGGGUUGGCGCCAUAAAUCCACGAAGGGAUCAACAGAAGAUGGGAAUCCGCGAAUAUAUCAGUGUACAUUCUGUACAGACACUUUCAAAUCAAGAUAUGACUGGACGAGGCACGAAGCGACACUCCAUCUAGCUCUUGAGCGGUGGAGUUGCCUGCCCGCUGGACCCAAGAGAUGGGAUCUUGGAGCUGCGGCUCCAAAGUGCUCUCUGUGUGACUCAUCUGACACAACCGACGCCCAUCUCGAGUCUCAUCACAUUUCCGACUGCAUCAUGAAACCUCAGGCGCUCAGAACUUUCCAUAGAAAAGACCACCUGCUCCAACAUUUGCGCCUUGCACACGGCAUUGACAAAAUGAUACCGUCGAUGCAUUCCUGGAAGUCCAAAAUCUCCGAAGUGAAAUCCCGAUGCGGUUUUUGCGGGGAGACAUUUUCUCUCUGGUCCGACCGCAACGACCAUCUAGUGGAUCAUUUUAGAAGAGGCAAAUCCAUGAAAGAUUGGAAAGGAGAUCGAGGGCUCGAGCCUUCGGUCGCGAUGCUGGUACAGAGCGCAAUGCCUCCCUACCUUAUAGGUGCCGAGUCGUUGGACUUGGAGCCCUUUAGUGCCUCAAAGGGCGUUUUGAAGAAAACUCUUUCAUCGCCAGAGAAGCAGAAUCCUCCGAAUGUGUUUGAAGUACUUACAGCCCGUCUUGGCGAUUUUGUUGUUUCGGCGCGCGCAAAUGGCGAUAUCAUCAAUUGCGAUAUACUUCGCCGCCAGGCUCGGAUUAUUUUAUUCGGCGAUGAUGAUCCGCUGAAUCAAACUCCCGCAGACAACGACCAAUGGCUGACAUUGUUUAAAAUUGGCCAUGGAUUGGCAUCGGCGCCUAGCCAGCAAGACUUCGCAGUCGGCUUCAAAUCCCAUGACAACAACAACAACAACAACAUCAGUGAUCUCGAACACAAACAAUUCCGCACUUCCGCGUGA